GCAUCGACCCGCCCCCUGUGUCGAGCUCCGCGCGCAAUAGCCCGAAGACCGAAGCGUUGGAGAAGCUCUCCACCAGACCAUCCCCAGACCCUUGUCGUGUGAUAUCGCAUAGUACGCAGAAAGGACAGUAUUGACUUGACUCUGAUAGGCAGCCACGCAGCCUUCAAGAUGCCGCCGCUCGCUGGAUUCACCGACAACCCCAUGCAAUCGCGCUCUGACCUCCUCAGAGCCUUACACAGUCUGAUCAAGGCCUUGGAGCCUCACACAACGUCCCACCCGUCCCGGACCAAGAUCCGCCCUGCGACGUGCGCCGCCUUUGACGACGUCGCCGCGCAGCUCGAGGGCUUUGCGCGUCCGUUGCUCGGUAUCCACGCCGUCGUCCAGCUGCACGAUGACGAGCGCCUCGCCACCUGGAUCAAGGGCCUCGAGGAGGGCGUACGUGUCGACGCGCCUGGGUACUGGGGCGACAUUGGCGACGUUGACCAGCGCAUGGUCGAGACGGAAAGUAUCUGUCUGGCGAUACUGGGCUACCCCGACGAGAUCCUUGGCCGGAUGAGCCAGGAGGGCAAGGGACAUCUAAGGACAUGGCUCGCCCAGAUGUACGGCAAGGCCAUGCCAGCGAACAACUGGCGCUGGUUCCGCAUCCUCGUCAGCGUCACGCUUACACAGCACCUAGAUAUGCCGCCACAAGAGGUCGAGCACGAGAUGGAAGCCGACUUUGCCCUCCUGGACUCGUUCUACUUGGGCCAUGGCUGGUCGAGCGACGGCGCAUGGGGCGACGAGAGGAGACAAGCCGACUACUACUCUGGCAGCUUCGCCAUGCAGUUCGCGCAGCUGCUCUACGUCCGCUUUGGGCCCGACGCCGACAAGGAGAGAAAGAACAAGUACAUGCAGUGGGCGUCUGCGUUUGCCCAGGACUACUGGCGCUACUUUGACGCCGACGGGUCUGCCAUCCCCUUUGGCCGGAGCAUGACCUACCGCUUCGCCAUGGGUGCCUUUUGGGCGGCAGCCGCCGCGUCCGGUGCGUGGCCUGCGUCGGGGCUGGCCAUGCUCAAGGGCAUGCUGCUCCGUCACCUGCGGUGGUGGCGUGGGCAGGAGGACAUGUUCAACGUCGACGGCACGCUGAACAUUGGCUUUUCCUAUCCCAACAUGUACCUGAGCGAGGACUACAACUCGCCUCAGUCGGUGUACUGGUGUCUCAAGAGCUUCGUCGUGCUUCUCUUACCGGCAGAGCACGCCUUUUGGCAGGUCGACGAGGCGUCGCAUCCGGUGCUCACCUUGAGCCUCAGAAACAUGACGCGCACCAUCUGGCCAGCGCGUCAGGUCAUUGACAGCUGGCCGGGCCAUCACUACCUCCUCUCGUCCGGCCAGAUGACGACCAAGCCGCACAAGGCCAGGGAUGCAAAGUACUGCAAAUUUGCGUACUCGUCUACCUUUGGCUUCAGCGUGCCCUGCGGCAGCGAUACCCUGGGACAGAUCGCGCCCGACAGCACGCUGAGUCUCAGCAUCGACGGGGGCGAGUCGUGGAGGGUCCGAUGCAGGCCAGACGACGCGAGGCUUCAGUGCGUGUCUGUCGGCGAGGAGUCGGUCGAUGCCUUGGUCAGCACGUGGCACCCAUGGAGCCGGCUUGACCUCGACGUCGAGACGACUUUGAUCCCACUGGGCGCACACUUCCCCGGCUGGCAUCUGCGUGUCCAUCGACUGAUGUGGUCACUGGCUGCCGAGGCGGCGCUGUUGGAUGAGGCAAUACAGCUCGUGGAUGGCGGAUUUGCAGUGCCAGCGCUGACCCGGCAAGGCUACCACGUACCUAAAAUGCCGGAGCCAGAUCUCGAGACCGUGUCCGAAGGGUUCUGUCGAAGCGAUCGUGGCGCCCUCGUAAGAUCGGCUGCUGGUACAUGUGGUAUCCGCGACCUCAGCAGUGGAUUGUCUGGCGCGGUUCAGGACAAGCGAGCAGAGCCACUGGUGCUCAAGGCCGAUCCCAACACCAACAUUAUGUCCCAGCGGACGUUUAUCCCGUGCUUGAAGUAUCGCGUCGCCUCCAGGGACGGGUCGAGGGAGGUCUGGCUGGCCACAGGCGUCUUUGCCAUCACGACCAAGGUGGUCCCCGACAAGGAGGCUUUUGCCCUGUGGUCGAGGGAUGUUUGCGUGUCCUGGGACGAGCACGGUCGACUUCGAGUCGACGGGCAGGAGUAGUAGGACAUAUAUCGAGUGGUCAGAAGAUAGCACUGUGAUCACUACAAAUCGUAUUCAUCUCGACAUGUGCCAGCCAAAGUCUAAGUGGUAUCAUCAUGUAUGCAAGUUCGUGAAGCGCUCAAAACAGACCCCCCCUACAUGUAUCAUCACGUCAACGACUCCCUAGGCGAAGGGAGCAGCGACCCAACAUCGUGAAGCCGCACCUCGUCCAUUUCCACCGUC